AUGAAUCAAAUUCGCGCCAUUCAGGCAUUGAACCAAAAGGAGAUUGAGAACGGGAUCUCCCCCAACGCCUCUUGGCACGUCGACUACCGCGACACAGCCUACGUCUACUUUGGCGGCCUGCCAUACGAGCUGUCCGAGGGAGACGUCAUCACCAUCUUCUCACAAUUCGGCGAGCCGACUUUCCUCAAGCUGGCGCGCGACAAGGAGACGGGCAAGUCCAAAGGCUUCGGCUGGCUCAAGUACGAGGACCAGCGCAGCACCGACCUGGCCGUCGACAACCUGGGCGGCGCGGAAAUCAGCGGCCGCCUCGUCCGCGUCGACCACGCACGGUACAAGGCCCGCGACGAUGAGGACCCGGAGGAGUUCAAGGUCGGCUGGGAAGACAUCAUGAAGAGGGAGAAGGGUAGUGGCAACACCAACGAUACCGACGACGACAGGGACGAAUCGGAGGAGGAAGAGCAGGAGCGGAGGCCGCAGCUGCCGGAGGAGAAGGAGCUGGCCCUGCUUAUAGCCGAGCACGAUGACGACGAUCCCAUGAAGAGUUACCUCAUCGAGGAGAAGAAGAAGGAGGUUGACGAGGCGAGGCGCAGGCUGGACAGCAAGAAGGACAGGCACAGCAGUCACCGACACCGACAUCACCGGUCGCACCGGUCCAGGAGAGUGGAUGAGGACGACGACGACAGCAACGAACGGUCACACAGGUCAAGGAGGGGUUAUCAUGAUGAGGGACGCCGUCCGCACCGGUCCACGAGGGAGGAUGACGAUGGAGAGUCACGCCGCCAUAACCACAGGUCAUCACGCAGAGAUGGGGACGAUGGGGAGCGUCAUCGUCACAGGGACGACUCGAGAGAUGCAGACAGGAGACGUCGUCGCCACGAUGACGAUGAAGAAAGGCGGCCGACACGUCGCCGGGACGAUGAUGCAGGCAGCAGUCGACGUCAUGACGGCCGAGAGUCACGCAGGCGACGACACGGAGAUGACAGCCAAGACGAGUCGAGAAAGUCGAGACGCAGGACCACUAGGAGUCGUUCUCCAGCAUAA